AUGAAGUCACCAGGGCAGCUUCAAAAAAACCCAGCAUCGCUAGCUCAGCAAACAAUUCGCUUCGUUGCUCGACAUUCUUGGACACCAGCGCUGGCCCUGAUCUCCGCCGUACUUCUCACCUGGAGUCUCAAUCCGACGGAAAGUAAUCCUGUUCAUCGAUUCAUCUUCCUCUCUUACCGAAUCGAAUCCACUAUUGCAGAAGAGAGAGUGAAGUACGGCAAAGGCAGCAAGGAUUUCGCAUUCGUCUCUUUCUAUGUCGUCGUCCUCUCCCUAACCAGGUCCUUUUUUAUGCAGGAGGUUCUCCGGCCACUUGCAAGACAUGCUGGCAUCCUUAAACCUGGAAAGCAAACCCGCUUUAUGGAACAGGCCUACUCAGUCAUCUAUCUCAUUUCCGCUAUCCCCUUUGGAGUUUAUGCCAUCAGCGAAACGCCAGUGUGGCCUUUCAAUACGAGAGGCAUGUAUGAGGGUUAUCCGCAUAUGACACUCAACGGCAGCUUCAAGUUCUAUUACCUUUUUCAAGCUGCAUUCUGGGCUCAACAAGCGCUUGUUCUUAUUUUUGGACUGGAGAAACCUAGAAAGGACUUUAAGGAGUUCGCUUUUCAUCAUGUCGUUGCUAUAGCCUUAAUCGGGUUGAGUUACCGCUUCCAUUUUACCUACAUUGGCAUCGUUGUCUAUAUCACACAUGACAUCAGCGAUUUUUUCCUUUCGACAUCUAAAGUCCUUAACUAUAUUGACUCCUCUAUUACAGUCCCAUUCUACGCACUCUUUACAUGCGUUUGGAUUUACCUCCGUCACUACAUCAAUAUCCGCAUUAUCUAUUCCCUCUUUACCGAGUUUAAGACUGUCGGCCCUUAUGAGUUGAACUGGGAUACUGAGCAGUUUAAGUGCCCUCUCAGCUUUGCCGUCGCGUCGGGGUUACUUAUUGCCCUACAAAUCUUGAACCUCGUCUGGCUUUACUACAUUCUUCGUGUUGCUUACCGCAUCACCUUGUAUAAUGAGCAGAAGGAUGCUCGUUCUGAUGAUGAGAAUUCAGAGGCUGAGGACGAAGACGCGAGCAAGAAUGCUUGA